AUGGGUGAGCGGAAGGUUCUCAACAAAUACUACCCGCCGGACUUCGAUCCGUCGAAGAUUCCGAAGCGCAUCCCGCUGAAAAAUGAGCAGAUGAAAGUGCGCAUGAUGCUUCCGAUGAGCAUCCGAUGCAACACCUGCGGGACGUACAUGUACAAGGGAACAAAAUUCAACUGCCGGAAGGAGGACGUCGUCGGGGAUACUUACCUCGGUCUCAUGAAAUUCCGCUUCUAUUUCAAGUGUACUAAGUGCUCCGCUGAGAUGGUCAUGAAGACGGAUCCUAAGAAUAGCGACUACGAGAUGGAAUCUGGAGCUUCUAGAAACUUCGAGCCAUGGCGGGCGUCGGACGAGCAGAAGGCGGCCGCGAAGCGGCAGCGCGAGGAGGAGGAAAUGGGCGACGCGAUGCGCGCUCUCGAGAAUCGAACCCUCGACUCCAAGAUGGAGAUGGACAUUCUCGCAGCCUUGGACGAAAUGAAAUCGAUGCGUGCGCGACAAGCAACCCUAGAUCCAGCAGCGGUACUAGAGGUGCUUCAGAGAUCGGCCGGUGGAGCUGGUGGGAGCGGAGGAGGGGUGUUAGCGGAUCCGAAACAACUAACGGAAGAAGACGAGGAGCUGAUAAAGAAAAUUGUGUUUAGAAAAUCGGAGAAGUUUGUAAAGAGGAUAGAGAGUGACGAGGAGGAUGAGGGGGAAGAUGGUGAGAGAGCUGAAGCCAAUAACAAGGACCAGCAAGGAGGGGUUAAAAGGGCUUGUAUUGCCGCCAAUGGAGGCGAAGCUGAAGCAGGCGGUGGUGCUGCUUUUGGUGAUAAUGGUAUAGCUAUGGGCUCAAGAGAACCAUCUGCUGCUGCAGAAUCAGUAAGGACGGCGUUAACAACUCAAGAUGAAGCAGCGCUGGCAGCCACACUUGGUGCAGGUGGGUCCGUUGCGUCAGCAGCAGCAGGUUCAGGAGCAGCAGGAGCAGCAGCAAGUUCAGCUUUCGAAAAUCGACGGAGCAGAUUUGUCCAGGAGGACCCUCGGCCGGCUUUUGAAGCCAAGCCUGUGAAGGUGGCGUUUAUGGUGAAGGCAAAGAGCAAGGCUCCAGACAGGGCGACAUUGACGAGCAGAGAUGCAGGGAAAGGGUCAUCGGGGAGCAAGGAUUCUAGAGGGGAUUCUGGUGCUGAAAUUGCUAGAGGCAAUGCUGAUGGUUCAGGGGGUUCCAGUGCUGGCUGUUUGCGGCGAGAUGACGAGGAGAAGGGGAAGGCUGCGUUAACCAACUUGCUAUCAACCUAUGGUUCUGAUGAUGAUGACGAGGAGGAUGAAUAA